CCACAGCGGGUGAGGAAGAGGACUGGCAUUCCGCCUGGUGGAGCCGCCGUGAGGAGGGACAUUGCUUUUCCAGCUACUCCCUUCAUCUCCUGUCAUAAAUGCGGAAGGGACAGUUGAUGCUCACAAAGGUCUUGGCUUUGAACUGCAUCCUCACCAAAGCCAUUUCUCGUCAUGCCGAACCAGCAGAAGAAAAUCAUCUUUUGUAUGGCCGGGGUGUUGAGCUUCCUCUGUGCUCUCGGAGUCGUGACAGCAGUGGGGACCCCACUAUGGAUCAAAGCCACUAUCCUCUGCAAAACGGGGGCUCUGCUUGUCAACGCCUCAGGGGAGGAGCUGACCAAGUUCAUGGGCGAGAUGCAAUAUGGGCUUUUCCACGGAGAAGGCGUAAGGCAGUGUGGGUUAGGAGCAAGGCCUUUCCGGUUCUCAUUCUUCCCAGAUUUGCUCCCAGCCAUCCCUGUGAGCAUCCACGUCAAUAUCAUUCUAUUCUCCAUGAUUCUGGUCAUCUUAACCAUGGUGGGGACAGCCUUCUUCAUGUACAAUGCUUUUGGCAAGCCCUUUGAAACGCUGCAUGGCCCACUAGGGCUAUAUCUCGUGAGUUUCAUUUCAGGUGAUGUUUGUGCUAACGUCUUGUUUGUUCCUCGUGUUGCAGGCUCCUGUGGCUGUCUGGUCAUGAUAUUGUUUGCCUCUGAAGUGAAAAUCCACCGCCUCUCGGAAAACAUCGCAAACUUUAAAGAAGGGACCUAUGCCUACAAAACACAAAAUGAAAACUAUACCACCUCAUUCUGGGUGGUCUUCAUUUGUUUUUUUGUCCACUUUUUGAAUGGGCUCCUGAUACGGCUUGCUGGAUUUCAGUUCCCGUUUGCGAAAUCUAAAGACACGGAGACUACUAAUGUGGCCGCAGACUUAAUGUACUGAAAAGUAAAUAUCUCCAUAAUUUCUCAAUAAGGGAAUGGAUUCGCUUUGGCCACGUUUCAGUAUGGUUAAUUUCAUCGGUGCAUUUAGACUUCUUAAGCACCAAGCCCCCUGUCCUCUUCAGUUAUGUUUGCAGGCUGUGUAGUAAGGAUUCCGGCUAGAAAAUCACGGAGGCAGAGGGUGGUUUCGGAAAGUUGCUUUGCCUGGUGGUUAACUGCUAGCACAGUUAGUCCGCAGCAGCUGGCUAGGUGGACAGAUGUUUCCUCCCUUUACUCACGGAAGGGUGAGAUGCAUGGCCCACCAAGAACUCCACAGGCUCUCGGAAUAUAUUUUAAUAAAGCAGAUGUUAUUUCUAGUCUCCACAUAUUUGUUGUCGCAGAUCCCGGAAAGCGGAGGUGAAGCUGGUGUCCUGAAGUGACAUUGUUCUGAAUCUUUGCAAGGGUUCUUUGUGACCGUUUGCUUAAGGCAUGACAUUAUGACUAUGAUGGUCAAAACUAGAAAACCUUUACAAACAAGCCAGCCAGGAUCAAAGGUAUCCUCCCUUCUGCAGCUGAAGGCUUGCAGUGGCCAGCAUCGCAGCAGCCACCCAGGCAUGAUGGGAAAUCCUCCCGACUAGACAACCUGGUGAAAGCGACCCA